CUCAUUUAACGCCUCAAAUUAUUAACGAACGGAUAUAUGGGAAUAUUGCAUCUGGUUUUAUGGAUACAAAUCCAGCUGUUCGUGAAAGUACGGUGAAAGCAAUGGUUUCGCUGGCGGAUAAAUUGAAUAAUCAAAAUUUAAACACUGAUUUAAUGCGGCAUUUAGCAAGAUUGCAGGGCGCAGAUGAUCAACCUGGUAUUCGAACAAAUGCAACCAUUUGUCUCGGUAAAAUUGGUUGUUACAUUGAUCCAGCUAAUCGUCAACAAGUCCUAAUCAGUGCCUUUACUCGUGCACUCAAAGAUCCAUUUCCUCCUGCUAGAAUGGCAGCUAUCCUGGCACUUAGUGCUACUCAACAGUAUUACUCAUUAAUAGAAGUUGCAAAUCGUAUAUUACCAGCCUUAUCACCGGUGACAUGUGAUCGGGAAAAACAGGUUUACUGCAAGAUUUUUAAA